UGUGGUUAUCGACAAGUGUCACCGAACAGGUAUAGUUGUUAUGGCUAUAAUAAUCUUGCUGCACUUUAUGGCCUAAAAGAAGGAGGUUGGUUGAGUGUUUGUUAUGUUGGUCAAGACAAGUUCUUGGUUGUUGACGUCAAGGACCAUUACAUGCGCUCUAAAGAGCUGUGUUCCCCACCAUUGAAACUCACUGUUGAGGUCAGGCCAUCUGUUCCUAUUGAGGAAGUAAUCAACAUAUCUGAUGACAUAUGUAAUGAAAGUCCCGUCGUUGAUCCAGUUGAAUUUGUAACAAUUCCUGAAAUCCUGCAUCAACAAGAUAAUUCUACUCCCUUUAAUCCAAAUUCGGCUGACACAAUUAACGAGCAUCAUAUUCUUCCACAAUCUGUUGUCGACACAUUGACUUGCGUUGAUCCCACCGUUUAUGCCGGUCUUGAACCUUAUUCAGGUAAAGUCAUUUUCUCCCCUAACAAGCAUGUCCAACAGGAACAAUGUGAUCCAAUACCACAGUUACUAUCUUUUUCUGGUGUUCCUUCCUCGCCCAGUCUAACAUUUCCACCAACUGGUACCGUAUCUGCCCCGCUAGAGCAGACUAUUCACCAUUCAAACACUAGUCCUGAUGUUGUUACCAAUCAUAAUAUAGUGUCUCCCAAUAGCCGUAGCCCCACACCACCACCACCUCAUAAUAGCCACGUCGUCCUGCCAUCGCACUUUCCUCUACGACUAGAGUAUUAUUCUGUGGUUAGGAUGAUAUCCAAGUAUCAGUCAACUCACUACUCUAUGCUUCUUCCUUCUGCUUUUUCGUCGCAAGCAUUUCCUUCGAGACUCGAUUUUGUUCGUGUUAGGGAACUCCGCAACCCACCUAUAGUAAUGAAGCUUCGCUGGUGGAGUCUGAAGUCAUCAGAAGCCUUCCUUACUAGGGGAUGGAGAAGAUUUUCCAUUGACCAUGGACUAAAGUGUGGAAGUGUUGUUAGAUUUUUAGUGCCCACUAAUGAUGAAACCACCAUCUUUGUCUCUAUAUUACGUCUGUGAAGACCAAAUCACUUAAUUAUGUCUGAUGGCUAAGCAAUGGAUCUGACUUUUAACGUAUUUUGUUAGUGCUAUAUGUUAGCAUUAUAUGUUAUGAUAUUAGUUGUACUGAUCCCAAAAAUAAUAUUAAUGAAGUUGGCUUUUUAAUGCUUGAAAGAAUGGUUGCCAACCUUCAUGGAUUGCAACUUUGGCAUGCAUUUUUUUAUAACAUAUUUCAUGCAUACCAUGUACAAUUAAGUAUAUAGCCACAUGUGCUAAUGGAGAAUUAAGUAUUCUUCUAAGUCCCACAUUCAUUCGAAGAAGACUUACUCAAAGUUUAGUGUUCCUGGCUUUUUGACCUCCUAAAACAGCCAUUCUAAAACAGCCAGUAUUUCCUUAGGGAUU